AUGACUACCGAAAUGGAAAAUUCAUUUGAUGAGUAUGCAAUGGACGACCACAAAUUCAUAGCACUAGUGGUAUCAUCCUCUGAUGAUGACGAUAUGGAUGAGACCGAAUCCUAUAGUUCCAGUAUUACCGCUAACAGAGUAAUUACAAACCAGACGAUGGCUACAGGUAAAACAGUAGGCACUAGUGCAACUAUGACAGCAUCACAACAUGUGCCUGCUACUCCCCAAAGGAAGGUAUCAUCCGUGUCUAAUUCAACAAGGAAAAGUAGCGAAAGAAAGUCCAAUGGAGAUCAAAAGAAAAGGUGGUCUUUGAUUUCUAACCACUCACAUAGUUCUUCUUCCAAGAAGAGGUGGUCUAUGUUAUCAUCGUUUACGAUGGAGUCUAACACCAAGGAUAGUAUAAACAAUAGUGCUAAGAGGGUUGUAUCGACAUCAUCUACAUCCCAAUCAUCAGUUAAUGAACAUAUAGAGAGAGGAAGAGACAAUAAAUCAUCGAGUCAUAAAGAUUCAAGAUCAUCAUCAAUAAAGAGAUCAUCUACUGGUGCAUCUCUGAGACAACUUUUUAACAAAAUCUCAAUUAGUGAUAAAGAAGUAGGAGUGGAAAACAACAAAGAAAAUAUACAUGUAUUGUCACAUAAUAAAAAUAAGAAUACUAAUAUUACGGGUCAAACAACAAUCAUCCCCUCUACAUAUAAUCGACCACCGACCACCUCUUCAACGUCAUCAUCUCAUUUCAGGGUGCCUUUGAAACCAUUAAACGCCCAGACAUCAACACUACAACAACAACAUAAUAUCCAAUUAAGAAACCGUCGCUCCAUGCAACCGGUGAGUAACAGACACUCUUUACAACCUGCUUCAAUAUAUUCUCAUAAUACCACUAACCCUUCUAGUAACAACAACUACAAUCAUAAUAAUAACAAUAAUACCAACCCUAGCAACAAUAAUAUUUCCAAUUCAAAUUCUGAGAAAUGGAAAUUCUGGAAAAAAUCAACAAAUGAAAUAUCAAAAUCUAUCUCUACGCAAUCCCUAAAUAUCAAUAAAGCUACCUCACACAAUUUGAAUCACAAUAGGAAUAAUAGCUCUACCAUCUCAAUAGUGAGCAACGCAUCUACUAUUGGAAACACCAAUAACUCUAUUCGUAAUAGAACUUCGUUUACUGACUUCCACAAGACGUUUUUUUCUAGUGAUUCUGCAUCAAUUAACAAUAAUAACAACAACAACAACAACGUUGGUAUUUCUACGGAAAGGAGGCAAUCUAUUAACAACAAAAGAUCAUCAUCGAGUUUGUCUAUUAAUUUGAAACACAAGACAUCAUAUUCUUCCCUAAAAAAGUUCAAGUCAAGAAGAAAGUCUAAUACCACAAAUGAUGAUGGGUCUAGUUUCAUAUCCGUAGGUUCUGGUAGUAAUAGUAUGAAUAAAACGACAUCUAAUAAUGGUAUUUCAUUACCAAUUCCAGAUGAAGUAUCUCGUGAAAAAAUUAGAGCCAAAUUAAGAAAUUCUACUUCUUUACUUUCAUUGAAUGCGCCAACACCAAUAAAUAGAAAACAAUUUGAUGAAACGAUAUUAAAUCAAGUUCUUAACCUAACAACCAUUAAAUACGUUCUGACGGAUAUCGAUUUGAAACAAGCUGACAACACUAGUUUAGAGGUUCUCUCUACUACAAACUCUUUAAAAUUGACAAAUAAGGUGUGGAGAAUGAUUUCGACUAGAGAUCCUACAGAAACUGUCAUAUGUAAGAAAUUAUCUUUAAACUCUUCAGAAAAGACUAUGUCUCUUAAUGAAUUAAUGAUUUUAAAGCUAACAAAUGGGACACCAGGACUACCAGCUUUAUUACAAUCCUACGUUCAUAAAUCUUCUGGUACCACUCAGGAAGACAAGUUAACUUUAUACUUAUUUUUCAAGGAUCAUGGUACAUCGUUAGAAGCCACCUCAAUCCACAGUUGGUCACAAUGUUUGAACAUAUUCUGGCAAUGUGUAUCAAUUUUAUAUGUUACAGAAACUAAAUUUAAAUUUGAACACAGAAAUUUGACGUUAGAUCACAUUUUGAUUGAUAAUAGUGGUAACGUGACACUUUGCGAUAUGGAAACAUGUCGUGCUGAAUCAGUUAAUACACCUGGUUCUCAAAUAUUUUACAAAAGGUUGGAUCAUCCAAUAUUUUUCCAAAACAAAAAGGAAUAUGCCUUUGACAUGUAUCAAACAAUGAGACAAUACUUUAAUGGCGAAUCUACAUGGAUGAAAUUUGAACCUAAAACAAAUUUAUUAUGGUUACGUUACUUGGUUAUUCUCCUAUUAAAGAACAACAGUAAUGGGAAAUUCCUGGGACCUGGAAGAGAUCAGUUAAAUAAAAUUGCAACGAUCUUAGAGUACAGUACGAUGUGCAACUCUAGAAGAAAUAAUCUUUUUAAGCGCAAAGAGAAUGAAAUAAAAAGUACCGGAGACUUGUUAAGAUUUAAAUAG